UUAAGUUAUGUGUUCUUAUGACUCCAGAGGGAAGUUUGUUAUCUUCCAGUUCUGGUCCGUUUUUUUUUUGCACAUUCCUAAUUUCCAUCUUUAGGGCUGUGUGUUCAGAUGCUUAAACUCAGCUGUGGAAUUCCCUUCUUAAACUUUCCCGCCUUGCUACUAUUCUCUUCCUUUAAAAUAGGCUUUAAAACUCAAGUCUUUAUGUGGCUCACUUCAUUUGAUUUUGUUUUACUGAAUUAUUUUACUGUUACAUGUACAUAAAUGAAUAUUGUGACUGCUGUUUUAUAAACAUAAAAGAGGGAAAUCUCCAAUGUAGAAUGGUGUGUUCUAUGGCUUCAAAGUGUAAUUGCUCCAUAUCCUUUCACAAAUGCCCCAGAAGUCACCUUCCAACAACGAUGGUUCAAAAAGUCCAACAAUCCCAGCAGCCUCUGCAGUUCAGCAGGCAGAGGAAAGUGAAGAAUGUGAACCACAGACACUGAAAGAAGGAUUGCCUGUGCAGGAUUCAAUACCCACCAUUAGAUUUUCAACUAGCAAAUGUUUGGCAAAAACUCCCACCAAUGAAUGCAUGUCAGAAAGAAAAAGGAGUCUUUCUCCCAAACUAUUCCCUCCUUGCUCUCCCAGUGAAGGCUGUAAGUACACUAUUAAGGCAACACCUGUACGACAUCGAAUGAGUGCUGGUCACUUUUCAGCAUGGGGUAUAGAAGAUGCUGAAGUCCUAUAUUAUAUGCAGGUAUGCUCUGUAAGAAAAAUACUGGCAGUGAUCACCAAACUGAGGACCCUGCAGCUGCUCCGACAUCUCACCAAGAAGCACCGAGAUCACCUGCAAGCUUCCAGAAUUCCAGCAACAACUGUGUAAAUCAGAAGAACAGAUUCACCAUUUCACCAUUUAGAGCAAUCCAGACCAAGAAUAAACAGAAGCACUUUGCAACCUGGAUGAGGUCUAACUCAAUAACAAGCCCAAAAACAUUAUUUUAUACCCAGUUUGAUGAAAGGCUGAUCAACAUUUCUAAAACCUGUACGCCCAAAGAACCUGAUAGCAGUGAAGAGGAAAGCUCUCCCACUUCAAAGAUAUGGAUUUGCGAUACUUGCUCAUUUUCAAAUAAAGCUCCAACGGUGAAGUGUAGGGUCUGUGACGUACUGAAAUAUGGAAUAAUAACGCAAAGCUGUAAAAGAACCCUGUCAAAUGGUAAUUAUUGUUACGAAGAAUUUUCUGUCCUGUAAUUACAAGUAUAUUAAGAUAAUUAAAUUACAAAGGUACAUCCAUUAAUUUAAUGUUACUAAUUUUAAUAGCCUUACAGCAAACAUUAGGAUACUUUUGUGGUGAAUCUGUAAGUUGGUUAAACAAGUAGAACAGUGUCUGCGGGGCAAGGCAUCAAUAGUGGUGUCAAAGGUGACUCAUCGUUGAGGUUUCUCCUGCUUACAAUAUGUCAGGGAUUUGACGGGAAGUUUGCAAGUGAUAUUUGAUUGAUUGUGAGGGGGUAUCAAAUUGGAGAAAGAGCCUGACUAAAUACACAAGCCUGGGAGGGUAGACUGAUAAGUGGCAAAUUAGUUAAUAAGUACAAAGUUCUGAAACUAGUGAAGACCAAUCAAUAGUGGGAAUGUAUUCGAACAUUUCUUUCUCCUCUGCUUCAUCCUGUAGUCUAGAAGGAUUUAGAAGGAGGUAUUGAUGAAUAAUUGACAGAAAUCAGCAACACAACUGUGCAACUGAAAAUGAGGAGAUACAAUUAGAUCCUGGGACAUUUGGUGAAGAAUAAAGCAUAAAUCCCAAAAGAUGAUGAUCAGGCAUGUAUACACGUGUCAUGACCAAACCUGGAAUAUUGUCAACUGUUUUUUUUUCCACAACAGUACCACAAGAAAGAUAUCCAAACAUUGGAGGCAGUGAAGACAAAGACAAUCAAACUAAUGCCUGACUUAAGUUAUAUGAGCUUUGAGAAAUAGGUGAAAAAUCUGAGACAGUUUUGUCUUGAGGAGAGAAGUCUCUACACAUGUAUGCAAGAUUCUUAAGGACAUGGAUAAAUUGAAAUCUGGUAUUAGGAUGAAGACUUCCACGAUUCUUAAAGAUUUGGAUUCAAAUUUAGAAAAAUUAAGGGUUCAUGGAUGGUUUAGAUUUUAACUAGAUGUCAAAGGCAAAUUGAAAUGCAAGAGUGAUUUGCUUAUAUUUAUUGUGUUGAUCAAUAAAAAAAAACAGGCGCAUUUAAUGUUUGGAACAAAAGUUAGCAUUCAAGUGAUGUGGCCGACUCAGGAGCACCAAACAAUAGGAAUAAGUGAGAAAUGAUUCAGCAUAAUAGAAUUAACUAUGUAGUUGGAAUAGAUAUUUAUUUGGUGUAUCCUUAAAAUAAAUAGUCAGUUACACAUCGUGUCAUUUUUUUGAGUAUACUAAUGGCAAAGUUCAUAUACUUAAUCUAGAGUUAGAGUAGCUGAUUUUACAAUAAUACUUCAGGUAUCAUUUUAGAGCCACAUGGAUGC